CAAGAACUUUAAAACGUGUUUGGACAAGUCCAUUUGACCAUGACCUGAUUUCAUCUUGCACUUCGCUGUAGAUAGCAGCCUAUUCGCUUUUCAGCUUUGGGUUCAUGCCAGUGCCAUGGCAUGCUCGGCGCGCCCGCUCCUUCAUUCCCAACAUUGCAGAGAGGGCAUUGACGGUGAAACAGCUAGAAGACCUUCGCACCUUUCUGCAAAGAGUGUGCAAAGCAAAACUGCUACAGGACUCGGGGGCCACGGGAUCUGGACACUUGCAGUGGCAUGAGUUAAACCUGUACCAUGUCACAGAUGAGGUGAUCAAGCCCGUCAUUAGGUUCCAUCAUCAAACAGGUAAAGAAGCUGAACAGGGCUAUUCUUGGCCCCCUGUCUUCAGGUCUCUUGUGCCAACUGACACAAAGGGAUAUUCGUGGGCAGAGUUGGUUGCAGAAGGGCCGCAGCCACCACAAUUGAUGAUCAGCCAUUGGUGGGGAGGUCGCUUUCUGGAUUUCAUGUCUGCCAUCGACAAGAUUGUGGACCGGAGGGCGCUGAGCAUCAGUGCUACCAUUUGGAUUUGCACCUUUGCCAACAAUCAGUUUGGAGAGUCUUUUGGGGCGGGCAUUUUGCAGACACCUUUCGUCAAGGCGAUUCAGAAAGCAGAUGCCACCAUUCUGGUCAUUGAUCGGGAUGCUGGAUCCCUCCGACGCAGCUGGUGCUGUCUGGAGCUACACUACACGAUUUUGAAGGAGAAAUCUCUUGAGCUUUACACGCCUGCAGGUCAAGUUGGUAGCGAGAGUGUCUCCUCUGGUCCCUUGGUUGACGCGAUCAGCGAGUGGGAUGUGCGGGACUCCGCAGCAUCGGAAGAGGCUUACCGACGGCAGAUUUUGAAUUUCAUCGCGGAUGUGCCGGAUUACCGGGGGUUGCUCACCAAGGAUAGCAUUUCAUGUAAGCUGGACUUGGCUGAUGGCUACCGGCCCCAACUCGAUCCAGCAGUGAGUGCUGAGAGCGAGAGGAACUUCAUGCUGGAACAUCAAAAGGCGUUUGAAGACUUGAACAUGAAUGUCCGCGUUUCUGUGAUUGGAAGCAUUGGUCCUCAAAAGAGGGCGAAAGGUUGCCGAAUCGCCAACUCAGCUCACAGGGGUAUCACGCUUGGGCAACUUCGAACCUUUGCUAAAAAGGCCAAGCGCUGUAUGAAGAAGCUUUUGCCGAACGUGCCAUGGGAAGAAGUUAUCACUCAUGACGUGAACAAGCACUUUAUCUUGCCUUUGACUAAAGACGACAAUUGUUCAUAUGUAGAGCUGGUGGCUGAUGAACCACAAGUGCCUUGGAUGUUCAUAGACUAUCAAUUAUCCAUGCGCUUCUUGGACAUCAUGACGACCGUGGAAUGGUUCGCAGAGGCCAUGAAUCUCAAGGAUUCAGAGGUGUUUUUCUUCAACCUGCUGGCCUUUAACCAACACAAGGUCCUUGAGGAGGUCCACAGAAACUGCUAUGACAAGGACAACAACCUCGUGAUUGAUAAGGCGCAGUCUGAAUGCAGCAGCUUCCUGUGCACAUCUUCUGUUUAUUCGAUCACCAAUCUUGAGAAGCCGUUUGCGAAGUGGAGCGUGUGCCAUGCUUGGCGCCUGUACAGUAUCGAGUGUGCCGUCCGUUUGGGACAAGCUGUUUACCUUGCUUGCCCGUCCGGGGCUAUGGCAUGCACUAAGCUGUUUCCGAAUGGGCAUUCGAAGUUUGGUUCAAUUGAUAGGAUUAUAAUGGAAUCGAUCUUCAAUGUCUAUGAAGCGGACAUGGAGAAUGCUCCUUGCGCAGUGGACAAAGACCGUCAGAAGAUUCUGUCCUUUAUUCAAGGACCUAACGGUUGUGGCCUUAAGCGUUUGCAACGACGCUUUCAGCGAUGGAGUGCCUUUCAUUUGGUCUUGGUAUGGGCUGGCCACGGUGAGCUGGUCAACUUACGGAAGCUUAGUGCAGUGCCAGGUUUCAGUGUUGAAGCUGAGCUGGCCAAAGGCGGUUUGGGCGAAUCUGCCUUGCACGAAGCAGUAGCUGCAGCUUCAACGGAGGCAGUCAAGGUCCUUCUGCACGCUGGGCUGUCACCAAAUUCAACAGAUGCAAUGCAAGAGACACCAUUGCACUACGCGGUCCUUGCCGGAAAUAGCAACAUGGUGCAGCUGCUUGUGACAGCGCGUGCUGAUGUGCUGAUGGAAUCGAUUUUUGGGGAAACGCCAUUGGAUGUGGCUGCGCAGAAUGUGGCGGCUUUUCUGGGACGUGAUUCUUCGCAGCUGGUCUUGCGCUUGCAAGAGAUUGAAAACCAAGCUUGCGGGGAACGAUUUACAACAAAACUGAGCUUGUGAUAGGAGAGGACGUUUGCAGGAGAGUCUUCGUGCUGUGCAAGCCAGCACUCGAUUUCACAUAUGUGCAUGCUUACGGCCACAAGCUGCCAGCCGCCUGGAGAACACAGGUCAAAA